AUCAAAUCAUCAAAUAUAAAAAAUAAAAAAAUGAUUUGUUUCAGAACCUUAGUAAUGUGUUCUUUUAUUUUGUUAUAACCCAUCGUUGUGUAUUAAUGUGUUCCCUGCAUUUCAGAAUAAUGGCGGCCAAAUUUAGAAAUAUUAUCGCUUCGCAGACUAUUAAUACGCUCAGGAAUCUAAAAAUGGAUGUUGAUGGAACAGAUGUUAGAAAACUGGCAGGCCAACUCAACUUGGAGAAAAAACAAUCCAGAAUCUGUUUAUCCCUGAAGAGCAAUGUUAUUCCUCACUUCUCGCCUAGCUUACUCUCAAACCUGGUGAAAUCAUACCCAGAGACCACCGAGGGCAUGGAGGGGGACACAGAUUUCACAGUGGGUAUAGCGGGGGAUAGUUCUAGUGUUAAAUUCUACUUGGACAAUAAAUGUUUCCAAGCGGAGGUGCUGAAAACAACUGCACAUUGGCCAAAGGGGUAUUUGUGGAGUCGGAACUCAUUGUUUGAGGAGGAGGAAACUAGAAAUGUAAUUAUAGAAUUCAGUUCACCGAAUAUUGCUAAACCAUUUCACAUCGGCCACUUCCGGUCGACGAUUAUCGGCAAUUUUGUCGCUAAUAUUCAUCAAGCUGUUGGUCAUCGUGUGAGAAAAAUUAACUAUCUGGGUGACUGGGGAACCCAGUUUGGAUUUCUAAUGGCUGGAAUAGAACACUUUAACGUUGAUAUAGAAUACUUUGAGGAAGAUACACUGAAGAGAAUGCUAAAGAUCUACGUGGAUUCCAAUCAACUAGGAGAAUCAGAUCAGUCUUUUAAAGAUAAGGCUCGUUUAAAGUUCUCUCAGUUGGAGAGCGGGGACCCUGAGUUGUUAAAAAUAUGGAAUUAUUUUAGAAAAAUAUCUAUUAAAGAACUUAAAUCCAUUUAUUCAAGGCUUGGUAUAGAGUUUGAUGAGUACCAUGGUGAAUCGAUGUAUUCCAGAGAGAAAUCUGAAUCAAUUAUCCAACACUUAAACAAACAAAAUAUCUUACAGGAUCUAAACGGAAAGAGAGUAGUACAAAUUAGUCCGGAUAGAUUUGUAACUAUUGUUAAAAGUGACGGCUCCUCCCUUUAUAUUACGAGGGAUAUCGCAGCCGCUAUUGAUAGACAAACAAGGUUUGAAUUUGAGAAGAUGAUUUAUGUUGUUGAUAACGAUCAAUCAAUCCACUUCAGCAACCUCUUUUCUAUCCUCGGUAACCUCGGAUUUUCCUGGGCGUCCUCGUGCAACCAUGUUAGGUUCGGGAAGAUACUGGGGAUGAGCACUAGGAGGGGAAAUAUUAUAUUCUUGGACACACUAAUAGAUGAAGCAAGAGAGCGUAUGCUGGAGGUGCAGAAAACUACUCACACAACUCGUGUGUCUGGGGCUGAGGGGGAGAAUGCAGCAUCUGUUCUUGGUAUCUCAGCUCUUAUUAUUAAUGAUUUCAAGCAGAAGAGAACUAGAGAUUAUAAGUUCUCCUGNUCCAACAGAUACAAAGUCUAUAUUUUCAGUGGAGAUACUGGAGUAAAACUGCAAUACUUACACGCAAGAUUAAGUUCUCUGCUGGCAAACUGUGAGGUAGAGUUGGAUACUGAGUGUUCUACAAGAAAACUGGUCGAACAGGAAGCUUUAGAUCUCGUUUUCCAAAUAGGUAUCUGGGAUGAGACCUUGAGUAGAGCGUAUACUGAUCUUGAACCCAGUGUCCUGGUUAGAUACUUGUUCCAAUUAGCCCAUCUCACCAACAGAUGCUUGAAAUCUUUGAAUGUUAAAGGAGCAGAAGAAGAAACAGCAAGAGCUCGUCUGCUUUUGUUCUACUGCAGUCGGAGAGUUUUAGCAGACUGCUUAGUUAUCCUUGGUGUUCAACCUCUUGAGAGGAUGUAAUCUCUUUGUCAGAGAAUAUUAUAAGAUUGUUAUUUAAAUGUCUAGAAAGGAUGAUAUUGUUAAGUCGACUAAUGUUCAAAUGUUAUGCUUAAAGGGACUGUAGAGUUCAUUAUUGUUUUUGUUGUUCAAAAUUUGGUAAAAUGUUUCCUUUGUAAAAUUCAUCUAUUUUCUGGAAUUUAUAUUUUGUAUUCAAUUUUAGAAUUGUAGAUUGCACUGAGAGGAUUCACGGGGGUUAAUGUGGAAAAUUCUAGAAUUGUAACUUUGAACUUAGUGAAAGUUAGGAAACUGUGAAAUUAAUUUUGUCUGAUCUUUUUCCUUUAACUCAAGGAAUGUUGCUAAGAAUUUUGUAAUUUUUGCUUGCAACUGAUAUCUCUGAUAAAUAUACAGGGCACUUCUGAAAAACAGAUCCGUUGAAAAAUCUUGAGCGACAUUGUAUUAUUAAAAGAAAAAUUGAUGACUUCGAGAAAUCCACUGUUUUCUGAUUCUCACGGUAUUAGACGUUAUUCUUUCUGCAUUGCCCGAAGUUAACAGUUUACAAUGUAGGCAUUAUUUUCAGUGGAUCGAUUUACAAUAACUUUUAAACUUCUGUCCGGUCAAGGAUAAAUGAGAUAUCCUUAUUUUUCCUCUCUCAAUAUUGAUAUUUUAUAAUGGUGGUUUCUGUGAGGAUCACUUGUGAAUUUAUGCUGCUUAAAAAAGCGAAGGAAGUUGUUAUAGCGUAAGCUUUAAAAUGACACAUUUUUCUCAUUUCAAGGUUUAAUUGAGGAUUUCGAAGUGAAUUGAAAAUGCCACUUUUUUAAUAGAGGGUUACUUAAGUUACGUAUAGUCUCUAAAUAGAAUUGAUUUUGUGACCUUGUUCUGAAUUUUAAAAUUUUACCUAUAAUUUUAAAUUUUAAACUUCUUAAUAUUUCAGA